AUGACGCAGAAGAGCGAGGAGGAUGAGAGCGACGAAGGGGUCCACAGCCUGGAGGAAGCACGCCGAGUCAUCAGGGACCUAAAAGAACGGCACAGGUUGCAAUCUUACCAACUGCUGGCCUGGAGGAGAAGGUUCAAAGCACAGGAAGAAAAUAUCCAGCGUAUGAAUCAUGAAAGGAGUGAACAACUAAGAAAGUUAUCAACACAAUUGCUCCUGUUUGAGGCCCGGCUGUGUAGGAAGCAACGCGAUAUCAGCCUCAUGUUGACACAUAGAGAAGCUCUUAUUGCCAAACAGCAGAAGAUCAUCAAGCAACUCCAGAACAGGCUGAGCGAUGCCGGCGUUGAGCUGACAGAGGAGACCAACCUCGACUCCCUCAAUGACAGCGACAGUGCGGUCAUUCUGGAAGAUGAUGACAGCAUUCCAUGCCAUAAUGGAGUCACUGUUAUCAGAAGCGUCUCUGAUGCUCUUGAAGCCCCUAAUAGCAACAAGUAUUCACUCUUGCGGCGUAGCAACUGCUUACUGAGGAGACCAGAGAUCUUGGAAACUGUCUACAGCGUUGAGGAAGAUGUGGACGGGCAAGAUGGUGAGGCAGAACGUAACAGUGCAACUGAAGAAAGUACACCCCGACAGAGACCCAAGCUGAAGGACCUCAAUGGCAGCUUCGAGAGGUUGGAUGGUGACAAGGACCCUCCGAGCCAGGUCACAACCUAUAACAGGGUCAUGAGCAACCACCGUUCGGUAACCAAGCCCAAGGAUGUAAAAUAUAAGAGAAUCAACAAGGCCAAAUCCAAAUCUUUGGAAGAAUUGAGAGGACGAUUGAAAAAUUGGGUCGAGAAAGGGAAUAAGAUUGCUGUCUCUCUAGACCAGACAUUCGCUUAA